UUUUAAAGAGAUUCUCUCAGUCGACGUCUCCUUCAGUUUGUUUAGUACCGGGGCGACCAGCGUUUAGACACCCGAUGUUUUCACAAUGCGGAUCUAACUUCAACAACAGCUGGGCUUUUUAAAAUUAUUAUUUUUUUUACCGUUUCCACGGCUAGUUACCAAUCUAUCCGAUUAGUAUUCACAUCUAUAAGGAAGUUUAAAAAAAAAACGGGAGGGGAGGGAGGGUGGGGGGGGUACCCACAUAUAAUAAACCGUAACGUAAUAGACGCUUAAUUGCGAUUUAUUAUUAUGGAGGAGAAGAAGGAGAAGGAGGGCGAAGCGGAGAUCCAGGAGCACGGUCCCGAACAUUGGUUCUCCAAAUGGGAGCGGCAGUGUUUGGCCGAAGCGGAGCGACAGGAGCCGAGCGACGACGAGUCGGAGCAAAGUCAGCAAAAACUAUGGCAUCUUUUCCAAAAUUCAGCCACUGCGGUCGCACAGCUAUACAAAGACAGAGUUUGUCAACAGCAGGGUCUGUCUCUCUGGGUUCCCUUCCAGAACGCAGCUACUGCCGUCACCAACCUAUACAAAGAGUCACUAGAGUCCCACCAGCGGAGCUAUGAGUUGGGGGUCCAGCGGGCGUACCAGCGUCGUAACAAAGACAUGCUGGCCUGGGUGAAGAAGAGGAGGAGAAACAUCAGGAGGGAGGACCUCAUCAGCUUUUUGUGUGGCAAGGCCCCGCCCCCACGCAACCCCCGUCGCGACGCACAGACACCCAAACACGGCCACGCCCUCUCUGUGAUGUCACCCGGCAGGCCGCCAUCCACGGAGAGCGGGUCGUCUGUCGAGGCGGACCUGCAGCCCUUCAGAGAGGCCAUCGCACUGCACGGCCUGAGUGGGGCGAUGGCCAGUAUAUCCGUUCGUUCCGGUGCCCCUGGCUCUCCGACGCACCUAACACGCGACAGCCCCGUCACUCCGCAGCCGGGACGUAACCGUAGGAACGGUCUCCACGACGUCGACCUGAACACCUUCAUCGCCGAGGAGAUGGCGCUCCAUUUGGAGAACGCCGCGGCAACCGCUGCAGCCAAUAGGAAGAGGGCGUCUGCCCAGUGCAGUGACGUCAUCACAGACUCGCCCACCCACAAACGCAACCGGAUGCUCUGAGUGUCCCCGGAUAUCACACACACACAUCGACGACACACACACACACACACACGCUCAAGGCACGUUUCUCACACACACACAAAUUACACACGCCACGCACACUAGAUAUUUCUACUUUGCUGUCGCGGCCCGAGCUGAUUGGAUGAUGACUCGUCCACCAGGCCGGCCAAUCAAACCCUCCCAACCUGGCACCUCCCCCUCUGUUGCUUUAAAAAAAAAAAAAGAGAGAGAAAUGUAAAUGAUUAAAAAGCCACUUAUCCCCUCCUCCUCCGCCAUCUCUCCUUCCUGUGUUCCCUCCUUUCCUCGUGGUUGGCAUGACAACGACUUGGAAUGAUCGCACAAACGGACUGGUAGCUCACCAGCAGCCUGUCUAGACCACUGGGAUGAAACUGUUGGCCAUGUGUUUUGAGUGGUGGGACAGACCUGCCCCCCCCUUGUUACUAGAGGUGUGUUGGGGUCCUGAGGCCUAGAAGCCUUCCUGUAUAGUAGUCCCUCACCUCUCAAGCGACUGUGGCUCUAGUCUCCCUCCUCUCGAUGCGUGUGUGUUGGACAGAACUGCCACUAAGUGUGUGUGACUUGUCUUUGCCUUUUGAGGAAGCUGCUAUCUCUGGCACAGCGGGAAGUUCUGGGGUGUGUGUGUCUGCCAGCACGUGUGUGUGUGUGUGUGUGUGUGUGUGUUCGUUGAGCACAAUCCUGACUGGAUUCAUGUGCGUUUGUGUUUUGUUUUAUAAAGCCUCCACCCCAAUAGCUCUUCCCUGUCUCCUCUCUCUAACCUUUAACCCCAAGUCCUCUUAUCUACAGUGUAUAUACAUUAUGACAACUAGGUUCUGCUGUUGUAUGAUGCAGACAUACAUGUGGUACAUAUUGUAAAAAAUAAAUAAAAUAAUGUAAAAAAAAA